UAAAUCGAUAUUUAUAUUUAAUACCAUGUUGAGUAGUUAUUGAACUUCAUAAGAACAUGUUUGAGAUUGGCAAUGGCUAUUUAGUUUAGUAAAGAUGUCAUCCGCAUGGUACAGUGCUGAAUUUGUGGGCAAAUCACCAACAGCUGAGAAAUGUGGAGGAAAACUAGAUCAACCCGUUCUUGAUUCAUUAAAUGGAGAUGGCGCUGUCGAGACCCACUUGCCUGCUGACGGAUUUCAAGCCAGUGAUCGGCUGCCUGGUGGAAGAAAUACCGGUUGCAGUGGCCGACCGGCAAGUGGCAGCGAUGGCCGACCGGAAAGUGGUAGCAGUGGCCGGCCUGCGAGUGCAUGCAGCGACCUGUCUUGUGAGAAUCAUCCGGAAAUGAUAUUGGAUACGUUCUGUGGUUUCCAUGACGAGGUGCUGUGUCAGAGAUGUGUAACUCUUCAUCACAGAUUCUGUACGGGCCUCACAGCGUUAUCAGAAAUGAAAGACCUGGCGAAAUCUAAAGAUGUCAAACGUUCUGUGAAAGAUCUUACGGACGCUAGGGAAAGACUAAUAAAAAUAAAGCAAGCAAAGCAGGAAGAAAUAAAGAGAAUUGACCAUGAAACUGCUCAAGCCAUCAAGGAUUUGGAAGAUUUUCGGGAAUUGAUUAAUUGGGUUCUUGACCGCAUGGAGAGAAAAGGGAAGGAAUAUCUCCAAAAACGUCACAAGGAAUUCUCUGAGGACGUAAAGGCAGAUUUAGCAACAUGUAAUGACACUUUGUUUUCGAUUGAAAAACAGCUAAAGAAAGCUUCAAAAGAAGAAAGCGAAAAGGGUAAUUUAGCAAAACGAUUUGUAAAAUUGAAGAAAGAUGCAGCUAUUCUCCAAAAAGCAUCCAGUAUUAUUUCAUCAAUGAAAAAUACUGAGAAAUCUCGACCCCUGAUUAAAUUUACAGUGGACCCGAAAGUUGAACAAUUCGCUAGAAGCCUGUCAUGGUAUGGCAAGGAUAAGACGUAUCUUGCAUGCGAGCCGGCUGUGAGUUUUCCCCAUCUUUACACAGUAAAGGCUGAUAACCAGUUUGACAUACGUUGUAAGGGUGAACGUAACGUAUGCGUCAUUUCCGACGGCUGUCAGAUGCCGGACGGCACUUUACUGCUUGUGGACGAAGCUAACGUUUGUAUGAAACAGCUAGACGUCUUGUACAAAUUGGUUGACUGCUUGAAACUUCCUGCAAAGCCUCUUUGCAUAGCUCACGUCAACGACGGCACAGCUGCCGUGGCGCUGGACACCGGCGCUGACUCUGUGUUACAAUUAAUCAAGAUUGGUUCAAAGAAAUCAACACUAGAUCUGAGUUUUACAGUGUACGGAAAAUGCACUGGCUUGGCUAGUGAUGGGGAGUUUUUAUUUGUAGCAACUAUAAAUGCAAUUACCCAAUACUCGCUGACAGGCGAUCACGUGAAAGAUAUCCAUAAAGACACAAAUUUAACAUUCGGAAAGGUCGUUCUAGGCAUUGACAGAGAGACUUUUUGGACAAUCAGUCAUAGACGAACAGUUGUGGCUUUGGAUAUGUCCGGUGAAGUAUUAGGGUCAAUUGACGCUGGCGAAACCUCCGACACAUUAUCGAUCGCCAUGGACAACCUUGGGCACAUUUUUACUGCCGGCCAUACAACUAACAGCGUUACACAGUUCAAACACGAUUUUGAAAAACUUGGGGCAGUGCUCAAUCAUAAAAACGGAGUGAAAUCUCCGCUCACCCUCGUGUUUGACCGUAUUCAAAGACGAUUUGUCGUUACUAUGAAAGGCAAAAAUGUUGUGAAAGUGUUCGAUUUGAAAUAAAUUAUACCGAACAUAUCACAUGUUUAUGAGUUUGAUAUGUUCUAGUUGUUCCGAAAUAAAAUAUUUGAAUAACCUUUUACAUAUAAAAAAAAUCCUCGUUUUUUGUCAA